AUGCGACCAUUGAUCAUGCCAGUCAUCUUUGCGACAGCGCUCAUAUUCCAGUGUUUUACUCUGUCUGUGGCGAUACCUAUGGCCAAGACUGAAGACAGCUCCUUGGAACAGGACGCUUUCAACCCAUUUCUGAGCGACGAGGUCAUGGAAAACAGCCUGAGCGACAUAGAUCUGGCAGCAGCCGGCAAAACCCGAGGCCAGAGGGUGAUCGUCAUUGCCGAUCCAAGCCUUUGGAGGGACCUGCGGGCGCUAAACACUGGACUGUCUUUCUCUAAGCGCAGAGCUGACGACAACAGCCAGGUCCUCGAGCACAGAGGAGGAAGCCCGGAUCUGAGCAUCCCUAUUCUGAGGAGGGACACGAUGAGGUGCAUGGUUGGACGAGUGUACCGACCCUGCUGGGAGGUCUGA